GGAAAAUGGCUGAAGGACUUUUGAAGAUUGAUAACCCUUCUGCUCUGUUCUACUCUUUUUUUGUCUAUAAACACAUAGCGUGAUUCAAUGAUUGUGACUGAAUGCACAAAUUGUUUAGAUUUGUAUUCGAAGAGUAAAAAUAAAUUGUGAUUGGUUGGACCUUCGCCAAUGAAGGAGUAUCUAUAGGAUUUAAACCAUUUAACACGUGAGAGAAGCUUCUCUAAGUAUACAUCGGUGUCAAAUGAUGUGCACGUAAUUUCUGUUUGUGUGAACAAGUAAUGCAAAAUUUAAUAAAAUAUCCGAAACGACAGUAUGUCGAAUCACGAAGGGUUUUUGGUUCCUUAUUUAAAUGCAAUUCGAAGAACACAGUGUCCGGAUAUAUCAGUUUUAGUAAUGAGAUGAACAGGUUAUGUUUCCCGGCAUCUCAUCCACUUUGCGUAAAAUUACACGAAAAAUUGGGCACAUUACAAUCGUUACUUUUCAAAAAUGAUCCUUUUAGGGUCUACUGUUUGCCAAUGUUGUGCAAUACGAGAAGUUUUAGCACAACUCCACGAUUAUCGAAUAAAAGCAAAAAUAGCGAAGAAUCUUCCGAUAAGUCUAGAAAAGAUUCCGGCAAGAAUCCUAAAACACCUAAGGAAAUGUAUAUACUAGUGAUAAAAUUUACUUUCCUAGUUUUCAGUAUAAUUUUCAUUUACGACUUCCUAAAUCGAAUUCAGAGGGGACAGUUGAAUAGGUUUGUGUGGGAUGAUUUUGUAAACGAGAUGCUUCUAAAGGGAGAAGUUGAACAAAUUACUAUUUCUGAUCCUUUAAUAUCAAUCAUUCUUCGACCAGGGGCUAUUUAUAAAGGAAACAAAAUGAUCAAUACAAGUUUUCUCGUACAUGAUUCUCAUUAUGCUAAAAUUCUCGAAGAUAAAAUUAGAGAAGUAGAAAGGGCAGUUGGUAUCAAAGCAGAGGAUGGAGUUCCAAUUAAGUACACUUAUAGAGGCAAUGGAUUGUCUACUUUCAUAAUGAUUAAUUUGAUGCUAAUUGGCUAUAUGUUGUUGAGGAGAGUAGCACGUCAAAAUUUCCCAAAUCCAAUGGAUUUCAUUACUCAAAAAACGAAAGCAAAAUUUACAUUGGUAGAGCCUUUUUCUGGUAAGGGUGUACGAUUUGAAGAUGUAGCUGGUUUAAGGGAAGCCAAAGUAGAAGUUAUGGAAUUUGUGGAUUAUCUUAAGCAUCCCGAACGAUACAAGAAACUCGGUGCCAAGGUACCCAAAGGCGCUUUACUCUUAGGACCACCAGGAUGUGGCAAAACACUUUUGGCUAAAGCCGUCGCAACCGAAUCGAAUGUUCCGUUUUUAUCCAUGAAUGGGUCCGAAUUUAUUGAAAUGUUGGGUGGAUUAGGUGCUGCACGUGUAAGGGAUUUAUUUUCAGAAGCUAAAAAGAGAUCCCCUAGCAUUAUAUACAUUGAUGAAAUCGAUGCAGUGGGCAAAAAACGAUCAGAAGAGAAUGCCAGCUUCACUAACAAUGAAUCCGAACAAACAUUGAAUCAACUUUUAGUAGAAAUGGAUGGAAUGAAAAGUGCAGAGGAUGUUAUAAUUUUAGCUUCAACAAAUAGGGCUGAUGUCCUGGAUAAAGCCUUACUGAGACCUGGUAGAUUUGACAGACACAUUUUAAUCGAUCUUCCUACCGUGGAAGAGAGGAAACAAAUUUUUGAAUACCAUCUUAAAUCGUUAUCGCUGGAUGGCAAACCAGAUCGAUAUUCUGGGUAUUUAGCUUACCUUACUCCUGGUUUCAGUGGCGCGGACAUUGCAAAUGUGUGCAACGAGGCUGCAUUGCAUGCGGCGAGAGUUAAAAAAAAAUCAGUAGACGGCAGCGAUCUUUUGUACGCGAUCGAUCGAACGAUAGGUGGUAUAACGAAGAAAACCAAUACGCUAACAUCUUCCACGAAGAAAGUUGUUGCUUAUCACGAAGCUGGUCACGCUUUAGUAGGAUGGUUAUUGGAACACACGGAUGCUUUGCUUAAAGUAACGAUAGUCCCGAGAACAAAUUUGAGUUUGGGUUUUGCUCAGUACACACAGUCGGAUCAGAAACUCCACAGCAAAGAAGAACUUUUCCAAAAGAUAUGCAUGAUGUUAGGCGGUAGAGUUGCGGAGAGCAUAACGUUCAAUCAAGUUUCAACAGGGGCAGAGAAUGACUUACAAAAAGUAACAAAAAUAGCGUACCAUCAAGUUCAACAAUAUGGAAUGAGUGAAAAUGUAGGUUUAAUUUCUUUCAACGAAGAAGCAACAAGCACGCGUACCAAAAAAUUGUAUAGUAAAAAAAUGGCGAAUUUAAUGGAUGCUGAGGUACGAAAGAUAAUAACAGAUGCGUAUAAAACGACUGAGAAGUUACUGUUAGACAACAAGCACAAAUUAAAAUUGCUUGCCGAAGCGCUUCUGGAGAAAGAAACAUUAACAUAUGAUGACGUAGAAAAAUUACUCGGCCCUCCUCCAUUUGGAAAGAAACGUCUUGUUGAACCGGCUGAAUUCAUCGCAGAUAUAGAACCACCAGUGCCGGAACCAACGGCAUCAGAACCAACAGCAUCGUAGCAUAUUUCAAUGAAUACUUAUACCAUACGAACUAGUAACGAAAGAAAUGAUUGAUACUACGGGGAUUGUUAUAUUAUCUUCCGUAAAACGAUAAUUUCUCAAAAAAUAUAUGAAUACUUUUUUUGCAGUGGGCACAACAAAAUAAAA